UAUGAGGUUCAUAAAACAAAAUUUGGGGCGUCUACAAUUCUAAGGCUGACAGUGUACACUGAUGGUGGAGCAAUAGUAUGUUCGACCGAUGUCAAUGCAGGUAUUGUUGGUUCAGUUGCCAGUUAGAGAUGCUGUGAGUGUGAAUCACUUUCUGUGCCUUGCAAUUUAAUGGUGACCAGUGGAUUUAGUCCUGAGAAAAGUCUUCAAAUGAGAAAAAAAAAAUACAAAACAUGACUUGAGACUUUUUUUUAAUGAUACUACAAUAGCGUCUAGUGUGGUUGCUUAAAUAUUGUUUUAUUCAUAAUGCUAUUUACAAUUAAGAAAAUCAGUUUCCAGAUGAUACAGUGAGCUGUUGUAUAAUUGCAAAAUGGUGUGCAUUUACAUGACUACAGUGGUGUGCCUCAAUUGCUGUUUACAUUGCUUAUCAUUAAUAUAGCGUUUUUUAAAAUAAAAUACAAUAUUGUAGUUUUUCUCUAAUUCUUUUUUUCCACCCUCUCAACCAAUCACAGACUCUUCAAAUAAGCCCAACCCAAUUUCUCCCCUCCCCCUACUUGCCCAUGUCACCCUCUCUCGCUGCCUCUCCAUUCUCCUCCCUACACAUUUCCGCUUACCAAUUUAACACGUUUAAAUAGCAAUAAAAAUAGACAAGGGUUGAACUACGGCACAGAAGGGGGACUGGUAGAACAUCCUGUUGUGAAGGGAUGGAAAAGCAUCGUGGUUUUCUGUCUAAGAAUCCUCAUUUUCACUCAUGUUUGGGGCCGUUAUGGCUGUUGCUCCUUAUGGCACGCAUGCGUGCUUGUGUGCAUUCACUUGGGUGAGUGCGCUGUAGCUGUCGAUCACGGGAGAUUGGUUGAUUGAAAAGUAGAUCUUCAGUCAAAAAAGGAACUUUACUACAAGAGGAUGCAAAGCAAAGAAAAGAUGAAAAGGGAAAAGAUGGAUAAUCUGAAUCAGUGUAAGAAGAGGCUGAGGGUGUGUGUGGCGACAUGCAACAGGGCUGACUACUCGAAACUGGCCCCGAUCAUGUUUGGGAUCAAAUCCCACCCUGAUGACUUUGAGCUGGAUGUAGUCGUGCUCGGUUCGCAUCUCAUCGAUGAUUACGGGAACACUUUUCGUAUGAUUGAGCAGGAUGACUUUGACAUCAGCUCCAAACUGCACACAAUUGUUCGAGGGGAGGAUGAGGCAGCCAUGGUGGAGAGUGUUGGGCUUGCUCUGGUCAAACUUCCAGAUGUCCUACAAAGAUUGAGCCCGGACCUUGUCAUUAUCCAUGGAGAUCGUUUUGAUGCACUGGCUCUAGCAACUUCUGCUGCACUGAUGAACAUUAGGAUACUUCACUUAGAGGGAGGAGAGGUGAGUGGCACAAUUGACGACUCAAUCCGCCACGCCAUCAGUAAACUGGCACAUUAUCAUGCCUGCUGCACACGGAGGGCAGAGCAACACCUCAUUUCCAUGUGUGAGGACCACUCUCGAAUCCUACUGGCUGGCUGUCCCUCCUAUGACAAGCUGCUAUCACCUCAUAACUCGGAAGUCUAUUUGGAUAUCAUCAAGAGCUGGUUGGGAGACAACGUGAAGGAUCAUGACUACAUUGUGGCUUUGCAGCACCCUGUCACCACUGAUAUUCAGCACUCUAUCAAGAUCUAUGGACUCAUGUUGGACGCACUUGUCUCCUUCAAUAAAAAGACCCUCAUCCUCUUUCCCAAUAUCGAUGCCGGAAGUAAGGAAAUGGUGCGUGUCAUGAGAAAAAAGAACAUUGAGACACAUCCCAACUUCCGGGCAGUGAAGCACAUUCCCUUUGAGCAGUUCAUCCAACUGGUGUGCCACGCCGGCUGCAUGAUCGGAAACAGCAGCUGUGGUGUGCGAGAGGCCGGGGCCUUUGGCACACCAGUAGUCAACCUGGGAACAAGACAAACAGGCAGAGAGACAGGUGAAAAUGUUCUACAUGUGAGAGAUGCUGACUCGCAUAAUAAGAUCUACCAUGCUCUGCAGCUGCAGUUUGGAAAGCGAUACCCCUGCUCUAAGAUCUAUGGUGAUGGAAACGCCGUCCCUCGCAUUGUCAAGUUCUUACAAUCCAUUGACCUGAAUAAGCCCCUUCAGAAGACUUUCUGCUUCCCUUUGGUGAAAGACUCCAUAUCCCAAGACAUUGAUCACAUCCUGGAGAAACAAAGUGCUUUGGCUGUGGACCUUGGCGGGACCAACCUCAGAGUAGCAAUCGUCUGUUCCCAGGGAAUUGUAGUGAAAAAAUAUACUCAACCGAAUCCAAAGACCUUUGAGCCCAGGAUGCAGCUCAUAUUGAAAAUGUGUGAAAAUGCCAUGCAAGAUGCAGUGUCUCUCAACUGUAGGAUACUUGGUGUUGGAAUAUCCACUGGCGGACGCGUAAAUCCACAAGAGGGUGUGGUACUGGACUCAACAAAGCUAAUCCGGGAGUGGACGUCUGUGGAUUUGAGGACACCCAUCUCAGAUGCCUUUCACCUGCCCGUCUGGGUGGACAAUGACGGUAACUGUGCAGCCUUAGCCGAGAGGAAGUUUGGUCAUGGAAAAGGAGUGGAGAACUUUGUCACUGUGAUCACAGGAACAGGCAUUGGAGGAGGGAUUAUCCAGCACAACGAGCUGAUCCAUGGCAGCACUUUCUGCGGUGCCGAACUGGGUCACAUCAUGGUGUCAUUAGAUGGCCCUGAGUGUUCGUGUGGAAGCCAAGGAUGCAUCGAGGCUUAUGCUUCUGGACUGGCCUUGCAGAGAGAGGCCAAGAAAAUGAAUGAUGAUGAACUGCUAAAAGGGGAAGGGUUGACUACGAAGCUUUCUGAGCCCAUCACUGCUGCUCACCUCAUCAACGCAGCAAGACUGGGGAAUGCCAAAGCUGUCGCUGUUCUCAACAAGGCCUCCACAGCACUGGGUGUGGGCAUUAUCAACAUCCUUCAUACACUCAACCCCUCACUUGUGAUCCUAUCUGGUGUCUUAGCCUCAAUCUACGAAGAACCAGUGAAGCACCUCAUUGCUAGUAGAGCUCUCUUACCGGCUCAGAGCACGAAGGUGGUCACGUCAGACUUGGAAGAACCCGCUUUACUAGGAGCUGCGAGCAUGGUGUUAGACUAUGCUACAAGAAGGACUUAUUAAAAGGAUUUGCCGUCCUUGUCUCUUGAUUUACUAACAUUCUAAAGUUGUUCCCAGGAUAUGUUAAUAGUUCCUCAUUUAGUUUAUUUAAUUGAAAAAUGUAUUUACUUUUUGCUGUCUAGCAAUAUGCGUUUAUCAAAGUGAAAAGAAAAAUUCCACUUGCUGACAAUUCUCAUCCAUUCCAAACUAAUAGUUAGCCGGCAUCCUGCGUGGAUAAUCCAUUGUGUAUUCUUCAAUCAGAUCAAAUCUUAUUAGAUUUUCCUGAUUUAAAU